UUUUCUAGCAGCUUCUUCUAGCAUUUUCCAAGCGACACUACACAGGUGCAUCACUAUCAUCAUCGCCUCGCUUCAAUUCGGUGAAAAAAUGGCGGAGGAAUUUGCAUUGGAUUUGGAUGAGCUUCGUCACCUUCACUCCAUCGCCAAACGACCUCGAACCCUCUCUCUUCUCUCCUCUGAGAUUCGCAACUUGGAGAAGUUAUCAUCAGAGUCAUCUUCUGCACGGGCAGCACAGAUUCCAGCCCCAAUUGCAACGGGGACUAAGGUGUCACCUACAGUUGCUCUGAGCUAUUCUCCACUUGCAUCAUUCAGUUGGGAUCAGGACAAUGAAAAAGUUAAGAUAUAUGUGUCACUGGAGGGAGUUGAUGAGAGUAAGAUUGCAUCUGAGCUUAAGCCAAGCUCAUUGGAUUUGAAGUUCCAUGAUAUUCAAGGGAAGAACUAUCGAUUUGCAAUAUCAAAAUUGCACAAGGAGAUUGUACCAGAGAAAUGUAAAGUUCUGGUCAAGCCUACAAGGGUAAUCAUCACAUUGGUGAAGGCUUCCAAAGCAAACUGGCUAGAUUUGCACUUCAAAGAAGAGAAGCUGAAGCCGAACCUGGAUAAAGAGAAAGACCCAAUGGCAGGAAUCAUGGACUUGAUGAAGAAUAUGUAUGAGGAAGGAGAUGAGGAAAUGAAGAAAACAAUUGCGAAAGCAUGGACUGAUGCCAGAUCUGGAAAAGCUGCUGACCCUUUGAGUAGCUACCGUUGAGGAACCAACAGUGAUAUAGAUGUUCAGUUCCUGUUUCUUGAGAAUCGUUUGCUCCAUUUGAUUGCGUGAUUUUAUGUUCUUAUUGACUAGUUGGCUAUCUUCAUGGCACUUGCAGACUAGUAGAUGUGCAGUUAUUGUUGCUUAAGUUCCUAUUUAUAAAAGAAAUUUUGUGGGUGUUCAAA